ACAGCAGGUUCAGAUGGACGUUAAUAACUGGGGCUCCCCGGGACUGUUCACAACAACGGAGGAAGCCGCACGAGCUCUGACCAAAUAAAGACCCGUUUUCAGAUCCUGUUUUGGAACCAGACUAACGGAAACCCACGUUCUUUCUCCACUGAUAGCCAUUGUUUGUUCGGAGCUAGCUUUGUCCUUCUUCCCCGUCACAGCUGUGGUGGGUUGCUGAUAUAUUUACACAGAUCGUUGCAGGAAUAUGGCUCAGCAUGGACACCAUGUAGCCAGUUCCCAAAAAGCCCUAAUGCUGGAGAUGAAAAGUCUCCAAGAUGAGCCAGUGGAAGGGUUCAAAAUAACUUUGGUGGACGAGUCGGACAUGUACAACUGGGAAGUGGCGAUAUUCGGACCCCCCAACACACACUACGAGGGUGGUUAUUUUAAGGCUCGCAUCAAGUUCCCCGUCGACUACCCGUACUCUCCACCUGCCUUUCGCUUCCUCACCAAAAUGUGGCACCCCAACAUUUAUGAGAACGGGGAUGUGUGUAUCUCCAUCCUGCACCCCCCGGUGGACGACCCUCAGAGCGGAGAGCUGCCCUCAGAGAGGUGGAACCCCACGCAGAACGUCAGGACCAUCCUACUCAGCGUCAUCUCCCUCCUCAACGAGCCCAACACCUUCUCCCCCGCCAACGUGGACGCCUCCGUCAUGUACCGCAAGUGGAGGGACAGCAAGGGCAAGGACAGGGAAUACAUCGAGAUCAUCAGGAAGCAGGUGGUGUCGACCAAGGCGGAAGCAGAGCGGGACGGCGUCAAAGUCCCCAUCACGCUGGACGAGUACUGCGUCCGCACCCGAGUCCCGCCCACAGACGACGGCUCCAACCUCCUGUACGACGACUACUACGAUGACGAGGAGCUGGACGACGACGACGAGGAGGACAACGAGGACUGUUGCUACGACGAUGACGACUCAGGCACAGAGGACUCUUGACAACUUCCCUGUACGCCCCUCCCCCAUUACACUCACACACACAUACACUCACACACACCUCCCUCUCUUGUCACGGACUGAACUCUAAUUCCCUCCCUCGUCGUCCUCACUUCUGUCUGCACACUAAAACCUGAUGCAUCAAAAGAAGCUGCAGUCGUUUUCGUUUGUUUCUGACAUGUUUCUCCUUUUUUCAUUUAGUGUUUUGAGUAGAGGUGACACACACACACACACACACACACACACACACACACACACACACACAGCAGCACACCCUACAGUAACAGCUUCUCUUUCCCUGCACUGAUACCAGGUUAUAGGACCUGCUCCUUCCUCCAGAAGUCUCUCUGAUGGCAACAUUUCUCGCUGAAAAUGUGUCCUGAGGAGAACUCAAGCCUUCUCUCGACAUCAGCGAGCCGGAAUGCAACAUCACAGGUCCGAUCAGAUCCGAGUCAAACAAGCAGGAAGCUCAUUUAGAAGAAAAUGGUGCACAUGUGUGUGUGUAGGAAAAGCUGAGUCACUUCUGAGCCAUGUGUGUGACCUCCUGUUAGCGGGCUGUUUGAAGCCCUGCCAUGCUUCACCUCUGACCUUUUUUUUUAUUGUUUUUUUUUUUGAGCCUCAGGGCUUGUGCUGCUCCAAACAGGGAAGUCAUCCAUAAAAAAAAAAGCUGUUCACACUCCCUUGUGCCUUCCCCUCACUCCCUGAAAUCACAGAUCUGAAAGACUUGUUGGACAGACAGCAGAGGGGGAUAUUCGAGCUCACAAGGCCUCAGGUGGGGAUACUGUGACUCCCAAUGGGAUUUAUUUAUAGCAGCGUUUGUCUGAUUUGUCUGGGGUGUGAGAAAGAGAAAGGUGUGCAAUCCAACAGCCGAGCUAAAAAGACGGGAAUGUAGAUCAGAAACGUCCUCCCACUGCCACGCAGCCUUCAUCACACGAGCACGUGCUACUCGUGGUCUGGAUGCGUUCAGAACAGCUCGCUGCUGGAAUCCAAUGUACUGUACUUUUAAACACAACCUAUGCAGUCAGUGCUUGAACUCAAUAUGCAGUGCUUUAAACGUGGCAGGACAGAGAGUCUCACAACCUGUGGAGCUUCAGAGGUGGACGUUUGAUUUAUCCGUCUCCAUGUCUGUUAUUCUAACUCAGAGUAGCACAGAGCGUCUACACUGGCCUUCCUCACAGCCCACCCCCUAGUGGUGGCUCUGUGGCUCUCUCACCCCCCCCCCCCCCUCCUCCUCUGAAACGCUCCACUGGGCUGCAGCCAUCUUAACUCACCUGAGUAAAUGAACCCUGUUACCUCAGAGGAGAUCAGGUAGCAGUGUGAGUGAUUCUGAACCUGAGCAGAGGGGGGGGGGGUUGUUUCCAGUCCACACUGUCAGAGGCCUCUUCAAACGGGACACACCCAGCAGUGUUUCUAACAUUUAAAUUCUAGCUCUUUCCGUUUAUUCGCUGACUUAUACGAUGCGCUAAGGAGAAAUGGGGUGGGGGUCGAGCAUGAGCAGGAGAACAACUCUUCAGUAGCAUGCUGUUUAAGACCCCUCUGUGGUUUCAGACAGGGGGGGGGGGGGGGGACAGAAGUCCUCUACUCAAUUUUAUCUGAAACGGUUGCGUUGUGAAUGGGCUGAGGGUUGUCUCUUCUUUGGUUUUUUUGAAAUUGGGGAGGGGGGCUUCUUUUAUUGUUUUGAUGUCAUUUUGUUUUUCCAGAUUGCAAUGUUUUCUAUCUUCAAUGUUUGAAAUGCUACAGAAAUUCACCUGAUUGUUAAAAGAAACCCAGGAUCGUUCAUGGAGGAAUGAUCGUUACUCACAGUUAUAGCAGCAGAAUAUGACCCCACACAGACGUAUAGACUAGUUAUGAACACUCCUAAUAAAAAGAAUGGACUGAUGUUCAUUACACAGCCCCCCCCCCCCCCCCAUUUAGUUUUACGUUUUCAGGGUGAACGGGAUUUCAUUAUUUUUUGUCAAACUGCUGUUAUUUUAUCGUCUUUCUCGCCGCCCCCCGGUUCUCUGAGCUCUGUGUCAGCAUCACUGAGGGAUUUAAAAGAAACCCAGCAGAUAAUUACAGAAAACUACAAGAACCUCAGGAAACGACAAACAACUAAACAAACAAACAUCCUUUCUCCGGCUGAGUGAACCCCGGGGAGUCUCGCUGUUCGGCUUCAAAGGACUGUUUACAAUCUCUACCUGGAUAUGCACAUGUGGAUAUUUGAUGAUCACUUGAUGUUUUUCUUUUCUUGUUUAUAUUUCCUUUUUUUCUUAUGGUUUGUAAAUCUAUUUAAAAUCUGAAAUAAAGAUCUUUAUUAGA